UGCUACUCGAUGAAUGGAAGAGCGUAAAGAACGUAAAAGUGGUGUGGACUCGGGUUCACAAAGCCGCGUUGUCUGUUGUCUUCGGUCACCGCGCAGUGCGCAGUGUUGGACGAAUCGCGGCGCGAGUCUCAUGUGCGCACGCCUGUCGCUCUCAUUAUUACCACAUAACUAGUUUGAUCACAACGUUUUCUAAACUUACCGCACUAACAUUUAGUUUUAGUGUGAAUAAUCUAGUGCAAUUACUUGUGUGUAAAAUCACGCCUUUGAAUUGUGACCAAAACUACACGUAAUACAAUUACAGUUCAUCGGAUAUAGUGAAUAAAACAAGUUACAAGUUUGAUUGUUUACAGAUAAAAGCAAACUGUGCGUGAGUGUCACCUGUCUACUAUAAAUCCACAAUAAACGUGUUCAAUUGUCCCGAAACAAUGUUCUUUCAAUUGUUUUGGAACUAAACAAAAAAGAGUGUAAAUUUUUAAGUGGAAAGUUGCGCGUUUGCUUUGGAUUUGACGCUUCGAAAUUAAAAGAAAGUUUCAGAUAACGAUAAUGAAGAUACAAUAUGUCAUCAACCUGCCACGGGGACCAUAGCGACCGGCGAUUGCGUACAAACAAAGCGAUGGUGAAUUUCGGAUCGAAUGAGUGCUUCGAAUCGCACGCAGUGUUGUUAGACGAUCACAUCCUGGAAGCGCCAGAAGAAUUCCGAUGCGUUUCGAACGGAUUCGCCCGCGGUCGCGAUAAAGACAAUGAAACCGAAAGGGAUGUUAGCGCGGAGUGCAAGUGCCGCGUCGCGUCAGGGAACCGUGACCAUCAGAAUAUACAGGAUGUGACGUGCGGGUGCACAGCGCAGGAAAUGAUUUUCGAGCGGAGCAAGCGUGAGAAUGACGAAAACGAUGACGACCGAGCGAAUAUGGGAAAGACGCUCGCAACAAUAAACUUAAUUAGCAAUUGUAAUGGUGGUGUGAGCAGUGAUGAUGCCAGGGACGCCAUAGAUAAAAUGAAGAUGGAAGCGAUGAACGACAGGAAUAGAUCAAACUCAUGCACGUUCGCAAAUAAAUUCGCUGACGGUGGCCAUAUUGAUGAGCACGGUGGCGUGGGCGCGUGCGAAACGGACAGCGUGAGCGCGUCAAAUGGCAGCGAGGCCGCGUGCGGCGUGCGCGAGACUGAAACGCCAUCGAUCGCGAACGGCGUCGUGGUGUGCGCAACGGCACCAGGGUGCAGUCGCGUCGCGGACGCCCCGGCCAUCGUUUGCUGCGAUCGCGAGUCGCCGCGCUCGGACGUCCACCUGGAGGAUAGUGAAAGUGAGCCAGCAGCGACAAGUCAGCGUCGCGAAUGGACGCGCCAGCAGGACCACGACCCCGCGGUGCCGGCCAUACUACGGCAUAUUUCUAGCAUCGCCGCGCACGUCGAUUACGCGCCCAGCGACCUCAGCUUGGAGCUCAUCAAUACGAAAAACGAAUUGAACAAGCUCAAGGAGCAUGUCCAAGCGUGGGCCGCCAGCGAGCUGCCGCUCUCCAGCAAGGAAUUGAAUAAACGAGCGGCGGACGGCCGACUGCGACAUUUGGGAGAAAAACUGCUGACAAAAGCAGUUGGUAGUGACCAGCAGGACGAAAUACAGGACAAAAAACAGGUGGUCGACGACUAUGACGCUAAUCAGAACUUGGUAGGGUUGUCGUCGGAAAGCAAUGAGAUUUAUAGCGAGUUUGAUGCGUCAAAGUACGCCACGUACGCCAGUCUCGCCGACGGAGAUUAUUUUGUAGUCUAUGACGAAUUGGAAGAAGGCGACGUUGAGGACGAUGCAGGCCAUACUAUGAAGAGCAUGAUGGGUACGGACGGCGAGCGCAAGCAGCAUAACCCUGACAGGGACAACCUCAGGUCCUUGCUGAAGAAACCUGGCCGGGGCAAGGAUAAAAAGAACCGCGUCGUUUUUAAAGAAGACAAAAACGAAUUCUUCGACGCGGAUUAUAUUAUACUCAUUCGGGAGGAUUGUGAUUAUGAUGAAGAAGAUGACGAUGGUGUCUGUACAUGCAACCAGCAUGAAAUGGUCAGACUUACGUGUUGUGAACCCAAUUGCAAUUGCAACGUGUACGAGUUUGAUCCGACGCCGCAGAGUCCGAAAUUUGCGCCACCAUUGGAGUUUGUGGAUGCAGUUACACUCAGCCCGCCUGAUGGGUAUAAGGACAUGGAGUUGGGUGAGCAGCAACUUUUGGCCUUGCAGCAGAUGGCGGCCAGGAGGGCUCAACAACUUGCUCCAAUGGCGCCUGUAUGCAGAGAGUGUAGUCAAACUCAUUGUGAAGAUGGUAAGUGCAACAGUGAAUAUUCUGAGGAAGAACCACAAUCUGACCAAGAAACUGAGAAAACUGAUCAAAGCCAGCAAACAACCCCAACAACACCUCCUCCCGAUGAAGAUUCUCCAGAUAGGCAGAAAUUAUCCCGUUCUAAAUGUACGCCCCAAGCGGAUAAACGCUGCGAAGUGGAAAUGAAUGAUGAUAGCAUCGAUUCCACCGACAGUGCAAACAUACCCCCCGGUGGAUCCCCAAUAAGUGGCAUUCUUAAAGGUGGCCGUUUGUGGAAACAGACCUCGGAUGUUACCGUCGCGCGUCCAGCACCGCCGGUCGAACCCAAGGAACCUCCACAACAGCCCGAUGUUGCCAUUACAUCGGACGACGAGAGCGGCGGCAAACGAUCGGUGCGUUUCAUCGAAUCAGACGACGGCCCUGGCGUGGACCAAGUCGACUCCAGCGAUGCGAAAGCUGAUGAUCAAAAGCACUCCGCGUCGCCGGAAUCCACCGAGAUGACGCUCACCUUCAAGCUAGGCAAACACAUACUCAUCUCUAACAACAGCCUCAAGCCAAAUUCGGCAGUGCGGCAGUUGUUCCCUUGCACUAAGCCCCAUGGUGAUAAAACCGGCGAAGAAAACUCGCAGUAUCUCGUCACUUCCGAUUCGCUUAAGGCGUUCGACGAGGCGAAGAAAUUAAAACUGCCGCAAAUCGAGGCGGACGAAUCGAUCAAACGAGUGAUUGAACGCAACACGCUUCGGCGCUCGCUCAUUCGCUACGAGCCGCGUGCGAAGAAGAAUGUUCAAAAGACUGACAAUUCACUCGUUGAACGAAUCAAACAAUUAACAUGUGAUGUAGACGAUCCGCUGCCGGACGACGAGUUGGCGCGUGCUUCGCCCGCUGGCGAGGAAGCGAAGAGCUCCCCAGAGCUGUCUAUGCUCAAGGCUACCGAUAAGAGCUUUUCCCCAGCGUCGUCCUCGUCGUCCAACUCAUCCGCUUCCGCCACGUACAAGAGACUGACAGAUCUCUUUGCUAAGAAGGAUCGGCCCGACAUUCAAGAGAUUGACGGCGGGACGACACGACCGCAGGCUCCUGAUUUGGGCGGCCCGCAGGAGUUUAUCGAUCCGCAUAACUCGAUGGCCAAGCUGCACGCUGUCACGAACGAUAACAGAAAACAAUUUCUUGCCACAUUGGGGCCAUUGUCGGCGUGCGUUGGUGGGACUGUGCACGCGGAGGACUAUUAUUAUCAGACCGCGGGCGAUCGCAUGUCUAUGGCCAGUUCCAUUGGCACCGAGUACAGUUUGGAGGAUAUUGAAGAGGGAUUAAAGAAAGAUGAGGAGUCUAAGCGGACACCACCGGAUGUUUUAGCGGGCACUCCAUCUGCUUCCGAGUCUGGCGAUGAAUUGGCUAUGUUUGUGCAACAGGAUGCUACUAGAAUUGAACGAAUUAAGAAAAAAUACCAGCAGGACGACGAAGAGGACGAGCAUGACGAUUACGGCUUCAAUCGCCGUCCGAGCGUGCGCGGUAUUAAGCCAAGGUUCGGCACCACUACGGAGAUAAUGCAACAGAUCCAACAGCAAAUUCAACCACCCACUACGACCAGCACCCUUCCGCGUAACGCGUCCGUCGCUUGGCCUUACUACUCCGAAACGAAUUUAAGCGGUGUCGACAACAAGCGAAAUAUUAACAACCAAGCGCCUAAUUAUCAAUACGCCCAGUAUAGGCCUACAACACUCGUCGAUGAAAACGCCUAUCAAAAUUGCGCCAACCAACAGCAACAACAACCUCAGCAACCACCGCAACAGCAACCGCGCUGUCCGCAGGUGACGUACCGUUCGAACAUGAAUGUGUACACAUCAUCACCGAUAAUGCGUAUUGGCGGUGGUUGCACAGACUAUUAUCAAUCGCUGCCGCGUAACCGAAAUGGCCGACCUGCAUCGCCGCCCCCACAGGAGGUAACCAAAGGCCUCCAUCAGAUGAUGUAUAUCCCUUAUAAUCAUAUCGAGGGCAUCCAAGGCGCCUACUAUGACGCCACCUACGCAUGCGUCAACAACCAGAAUCAAAUCAACAAGCGGUACAUCGACAGCAGUUAUCAGGAAUUGUACGCCACUGCAGGUAAACCGAGGGCGCCUUACACGAUCACUUCAAGAUCCGAAAGUCCUGCGUAUUCCACGGCGCGAUCAACGCAAACACCGCAAACUUGCACUUAUUAUCCGCGUUAUCGUCCGCCGAAUGGCAUCGCAUGGAUCGACGGACUCUAUAAACCAACUGCUGGUAAUCGAUACCCGCGUAUGCAUUCUUCCAACGCCGUCGACAACAUUUCAUUGACAGACUCGGAUAGUCAACAUAGUAGUCAGCUGCCCAACGGUUUCAAGGACUGCUCGAUGCCUAACUCGCCUACGAAGCCAAAGUUUAUAGAGCGUGGCGUGCCUGAGGGAGCGGCGAGCGUGUCCUCUCAAGACGGGCAGAAUCUUACAUCGCCUACAUCACCGCAGAAUCCGCCAGGUGCGCCGCCCACUUCAAAACCGCUUUUCUACGCUAUGAACGUCUGACCAAUUACAACGCAAACAAGGGAAUUUUUUAAAGAGUAACCAAACUACACUUGCUAUGUAGUUGUCGUUGCCAAAUCCUGCAUCGGGGCAGAACUAAUGAUAACAAUAGAAACUGCGUGCUGCUCUCUCAAUGAUAUUGUUCGACACAUGACAUUUACGGUAUAAAUUAUAUAUGAACUUGGAACUUCUGUAGAUACUUCCGCUUUAGGACUCAUUACAAGAUAUAGAUGAUGAUUUAGAUGAAAUACAAUGAUAUACAAGAUAGAUUUUUAUGGAUAUUUAAUAGGCAUAUAUAUAUUUUUAAAUGUAAAUUGUAUAAAAAGUACUAACGAUAAACUAAAUGGUUAGUAGUCAUUGUUGCCAAAUAUGAGAUUCCAUUACCAAAGUAUUACUAUACAUAAAAGAUGUAAACUAAUAUUAAUUUAGUUCUUGUUUUGUUUGGAGAAUAUCCAUAGUGAAUCUAAGUGAAUUUAUUAACUGACCAAAUUGACGAUGGGGAUGAUUAUGCGUUGUGCGCAGUGAGAAUACUGUCUCUCAAGAAGCAAAAAAAUAACCGAAGCGUUAUUUUACCGAUAUGUAAGCCAAACUAAUAGAUUUAAUCUAGUCAAGGUUAUAAUAGAUUAAUUUUUGUCAAAUUAAUAACAUAUUAAAGAUCACGAUGUGAAAGUAAUAUUGUAGCGAGCUAGCAGUAGUACUUAAUGUGCAUCUACUAUUUAUCAAACUAUUUAUCAAACAAAAGAAAUGUUAUACACAACACAACACACUUAAAUUUGUUAAAUUGAAGUGAAGCGGAGUUAGUCAAUACUCAGAACUUGCAGUGACUCAAAGGAAUUUAUAUAUUGGAAUUUGAUGACUGUCUUCGCUUCAUGGAAAAUAAAUUGGCGCAUUUAAAUUAUAUAACAGUGAAACAAUUGAGUGCCAUUCGUUUCGUUUGCCAAUAAUCAAAAGAAAUCAUGUUUUCCACGCGCAGAAUUUUCGAUUACGAAUACUUUGAAGUGAUUCAAACAAUACUUGAUAAAACUUUGUUGCUCAGCUGAAAGCGAGAAUUGAUAAAAUUAAAAAGAAUUUUAUAUAAACCCCUCUUUGAAAAAGAAAUGAAAAGAAAGGGACUCUAAUGACUAAACACGUUGGAAUACUUGCAGUGAAAAGUAUUAUUAAGAUAAUAUUAUAUAAUAAUAGCAUAUUUAUGAUAUUAUUUGUUGAUGUAAUUAAUCUAUAUUAUAUUCCACGGUUUUAACAAAAGAUGACAAACAAAAAAAGAAACAACAGAAACAUAUUUACAAACCAUGCUUUGCAAGAAGUGGUGUGUUUGAUACUACUAGUAAUUUUUAUUACUGACAAAUAUUGAAAUCAAAUUGAAACGAAAAGCGUACACGACGUGGCGACGACGAGUAUCAUACUGGGAGCGUCGUCCGCCGAAACGUCGCGGUGAAUAUUUCGCAGUGAAAUGCAAUGAAUAAAUGAAAUUCAGUAA